AUGGAUGUUUCACAAACUUUAUACUGUGGUCAUUACAAUAAUAAACAGCAAAUACUUCUGGUCGGAGAAGGAGACUUCUCCUUUUCUCUUUGUCUAGCCAGAGCCUUUGGUUCGUCUACUAACAUCACUGCAACUUCUCUUGAUACUCGAGAUGAGUUAGGGCUGAAGUACAAGGAUGCUAAGAAUAAUGUAGAAGAGUUGGAGAGACUUGGAUGCACUGUGGUUCACGGUGUUAAUGUGCACUCCAUGAACACAGAUUAUCGGGUCGUCAGAUCGGAUCUAUAUGAUAGAAUCAUCAUUAAUUUUCCUCACCAAGAAGUGGUGAGAGGAUUUUUGAGGAGUGGUAAAGAGAUGGUUAAAGACUUCACUGGAGAUAUUCAUGUUACUCAUAAGACGGCAUAUCCAUUUGCUAGUUGGAAUAUAAAAGACUUGGGUUCCGAAAUUGGUUUGUUUAACAGAAAAAUGGAGUUUGAACCGUUGCAAUAUCCGGGCUACUCCAACAAGAGAGGAAGUGGAAGUGACUAUGACUCAAGCUUCCCUGUUGGAGAAUUUUCUACUUUCAUGUUUAGGAAACAGUGGUUUUCGUGUUGAAUCGAAUAAACAUGUUUAGGAGUGCUCAU